GUGGCUCACUCAAACAAACAACUGAAAGAGUUUUGCAACUGCAAGUCCAUGGAUCAGGAUGUACCGGUACAUGUACACUAACAGUGGUAGUUGUUGUGACAUUUUGACUUUGAAAGUUUGAAGAAGGUGCACAGUGUUCUAAGCCACACGCCAUUUACAGUAGAAGCCGUGCUGUUGUUGCAUACGUCAAGAACCUUCAAGAAGAGUGGAUGAGAAGAGAAUUUGAUUUUUUGCAUUGGAACCUUGGAAUUUGGAUAUAGAUAGAUAAAGUGCACUCAUCACAUUCAUUCAGCAUUUUCAUGACAUCAAGGGGAUUUUCUUGUCCUCAGAUUCAAAGUGUGAAGCUGCCCCUGUCCAGUUUUACUGUGUUUUCGAGAAUUUGGAUUUGAACAGCUCUAAUGGACGUAACUCGUGCGAACUUCCGUGAUCUCUUACCUGUUAUUCAUCAGAAGAUCGACGAGUGCAGCUUUGUAGCUGUAGACACGGAAUUCACUGGACUCUGUGGUGGUCCGGAUCAGGAGUAUAGCUUGUUUGACACACCAGCAAAACGCUAUGUUAAACUACGGAAGUCAGUACAACAGUUCAUCGUCUGUCAGUUAGGUAUCACAACGUUUACGAAUGAUCAUUGGAAGAAUCAGUACACGGCCACUUCGUUCAACUUCUAUUUAUUCCCUCGGUCGUUUGACAACAUCGAUGAGCGGUUCUCCGUUCAGACCUCAAGUUUUGAAUUCCUUUGUGAUCAUCACUUUGACUUCAAUAAGUUUGCAUACGAUGGAAUCCCCUACCUGAGCUGUGAGCAAGAGGCUAGCAUACGUCAGAAGCGACAGACUUCAUUCAAAGAUGCCCAGGCGCAACAAGCAUGUGAAGAGCAACUUACAGAGGCAUGUGGAUUCUUACUUGUGUUCAAGCACCUCAUGCAGGCUAAGAAGCCCUUACUUGGUCAUAAUAUGUUCAUGGAUCUUCUCUUUCUCCAUGACAAGUUCUACAAACCAUUGCCAGUUAGCUACGACACGUUCAAGGAGGAUAUUCACGACUUGUUUCCAGUCCUUAUUGAUACCAAGCACAUUGCAAAUCAAGUGAAAAGGGAGCUGUCACACCCUGGCGGUGAUCUUGUCCGAAACACCGGAUUGGACGCAUUACAUACUAAUCUGACAAGUAAGGCCUGUGACAAUACUGCGGCGAUGUUUCCGUCAAUACACCUGGACACAGAGUCCAGUAGAUACGAGGAGGCUCAGUUUCAUGAAGCCGGCUAUGACUCGUUCGUGGCGGGUGUAGUCUUGAUUCGCAUGUGUCAUCUACUGGCACGGCAAAGCAUGGCUACCGAGGAUAGAGCAACAACAAGCUGGGCGAAGAUUUGUAAGCUGAUUGAAGGUCAUAUUAACUUGAUCAAUGUCAUACGUGGAUCAGUUCAGUAUCUGAGCAUCACCGGUCCUGACCCAAGUAGCUGCAGACCGACAUGGCUUGAACUUACGAGUCGCAGUUUUCUAGGAAAACUCACGAGAGAUGAGGUGGUGGAGUGUCUGGAGCAGUAUGACAAGCUAGAUUACGAGCUGCAGGGAUCCAACAGGUGCAUUAUUGCUGCCGAGCAUGCUGAAAGUGCACGCCGCCUUCACAACGACUUUGCAGACCAUCCGCUGUUCCAGCUAUCAGAAUAUCAACCCUCAACGUCGCCGCUUGUCUAUGUUGGAUUUGGUGGAGCUGCGCUUUUAGCAGGUGCAGCAGCUGUGUACUAUCUCAAGCCUGAUUAUCUUGCCCGGCUACAGUCGUUGAUGUAGCAUAAAAAGGGUCGCUGCUAUCAUUGAUGAAACACCUAACUACAACAUUGGUUUUACCAAACAGUACGAGGUACACUAUACUGGCGAUUUUCUGUUCAGCAGUUCUACCUUUCGCUGUUGGUGGUGAUGGUGGUGGUGGUGUUUUCUUUUGGUUGUUUUUGGUCGUAAUUGUAAGAUGUGUCACUUCUGGCUGGGUCAUAUUUUCAAAAUUUCUAUUUCGCAUCAAAAAUUCUCUCUUUUUGAUGUUAUUUAUCACAAUACAUCCUUUAUAGUGGUAAUUUCUAUUUCGCAUCAAAAAUUCUCUCUUGAUAUUAUCACAAGAUACAUCCUUUGUAAUGUGUUGAAAUUUGUUAAUCAGUGCAAUGCUGCGCGUACUGAUGAGCGUUGUGCGAAAGCUAGUUAGAUGCAUUUAUAUUUGUCAUCGUUCGGAACUGCUGCUGCAUAGCCCCAAUGAAGACUUGGCAACUUCACGCCUUGCGCUGUGAUACCCCUUAGAAUUUCCCACCUUGCUCCCCCUUAUGUUCAGGCUGCCUGUUUUGGAGCCAUCAGUUGCCUGAUGAUCGUAGUAAUACGUGAAACUCAGAGUUGUGACAAAACUUCCAAUCUCUCUGGUGUAUUUUUCAUCGAUCCUAUUACUGCUUUAGUAGCGCAGCUGAAUACUUUAUUCAUGCAGGGUAAAACGGUGGAGACAAUGUGCAAAUUGUUCUUCACAUCACAUUUCGACGACGUAGAGACAAUCAUUUCAAAA